AUGGCAGAAAGAAUGUUAUUCUUGGGAAAGUUGAAAGAAGCGGCCAGUCAAAAUAAAGGAAAUGAGGAUCGAAAUGAUUUAACGAAUAGUGAACAAGAAGGUUCCAAUAAACAUAAAAGCAGUUUGCCGUUACAUGCAACAAGUUCUGAUGAAAAUAUCGAAAAUGAUAUAAAUUAUAAUAACACAUCAGCUCAUCUUCCUCGUCUUCUAGCUCAUCUUCCUCCAGCAAUAGGGAAACAGAAGAAUGUAAUAAAGAAUCCAAUAAAAUCAUAA